UUUGUCCACUUUUUAGACUAUAACAACAGUACAGAGUACAGAGUGUUGUCCAAAGAGUACUGUAGUACUCUUUGGACAAUACUGUUGUAUUACGGUUGCUUAGCAACGUUACAAACACAAACAUUGAUUACGAAGUUACUGCUUAUUGCGUUAUAAAAAUCAAUACAGUCAUCGAGAAGACAAUAAAUGAAACCAUGGUAGAGACGGAUUGGAGGCAAAUAUUGAGUUUAUCUCAGAAGGAACUACUACAGGCCGACAAAGAGGAACUAUGUGAGAGUCUGUCAUGGAUGGAAGUCGAUGAUAUUGAGUUGAACUUUUCAGAUUUAAAAACUCUCUUCAGAUUAGCCCAGGAUAUUUUAAAAUAUAAAAGUGAACAGGUUAAAAAUUUAGGGGGAGAGUUAAAUGCCAUUCAUAAGAAAAAAGGCAAAAAGCAAUCACGUAAUGAUAAUGCAGGAACAAGUUCCAACAAUGCGUUGGAAACGAUUACACAUCAAGAACAAGUCAUAAAAGCAAACAAAGAUAUUCUGGAACAAUUGUACGCUGAUAUAGCUGAAUUAGAGGAACGAAAAACUAAAUAUAAAGACCAAUCCAUUGAUAUUGAAAAAGAUAGUAUAUCCAGUCCAGACGUAUUAUCAGAAAUAGAUGCUAAAGCUCAACUUGAAAAUGAAAUCGUUCAAAAGAACAAACACAUCAGAAAACUACUUGGACAUGUUAAGAUAUUGGAGGAAGAGAAUACUAAAUUUAAAGAAAAAAUCACAAUACUUAAAGAUAAAUUGAAAGAAGCCACGAAAAUAAUAGAAGAUUUGACAGAGAAAUUGCUGGCAUCAAGUAACGAGUGCAAUCGUAUAAAAGAAACUAUUGGAUCUUUAGAGCUAGCAAAAUCAAAUUUAUUAGACGAAAUAAGUACACUCAGACAAGAAAUUCUUUCGAAAGGCAUUAACACAGACAACGUGCACGAAGAUGCUAAAACGAAAAUUCAGCACUUAAAGAAUUUAAUUAAAAAUCUACGAUUAGAAAUAGAAAAAUUAACAAUAGAGAAUAACAAAUUAAAAGAAGGACUAAGCAUGAGAUCUACACCUAAAAAUUCGGAAGAGAAACAGGAAAACCGUAUGGACGAAACGCGAAUCAAAGAAUUGGUGGAUAAACUCGCAGAAGCUUCUAAAGAAAUAUUACUGUCAGUGAACGUCAUAGAUGUUCUAAAAUCUGAAAAUAAGCAACUGAAAUCACUACUUGAAGAGACUCACAAUACUGAUUUAGAUUUCAAAAAUGAAAGUGACGAUGGAAAAGAACGUAAAAUGAUAAAUGAGUUAAAGAAGAAAAUUAAAAAACUGACUGCGACUCUUCAAAGCACAGAACAAAUGUUAGUUAUGAGAGAAAAAGAGGUAUUGGAAUUAUCAUCUGAACUUGGCCUUUUGCAAUCCGACGAUGGGAUUGCUACUUUAAUGAAAGCGGUUAAGAAUAAAAAGCAACAACUCAAGUUCAAAGAAGAAGGUAUUAAAUCUUUAAUAAAAGAUAUAAAUAAUCUCACGCAAGUUGUAAAUGAUUUGCAGAUUGAAAAUGAAACAAUGAGGAGACAACUUAAUUUAAGUGACAGCGAUAAAAUUCCAACCGAGGGAAUUUUACUUGAAUACCAUAACUUAAAAGAACACAAUAAAACUUUAAGUAAAGAAAUUCGAGCAUUUGAGAAUGAACUCGUAACAUUAGAAAUGAAAAACCGAGAACAAAGAGAAAUUAUUUCUAAAAAUGCAAAGUUGCUAAGUACUAAGGAGACAAGUAUAUCAAAAACGAAUAAUAGUGACACAAAAAUAAAGAACGAUGAUAAGCUACAAAGAGUUGAAGAAGAAGUCUUAUUGGAAGAAAAAAGCGAUAAACUAAAUGGAAAUAUAAAUGAGGAGAUAGACGUUCAUUCUCUUAUUGAAGAAAAUGAAGGUCUACGUAAAGGACUUGAAGAAAUAUUCAACUAUUUAAAAGAUAAUUGUGAUGGUUCAACAGGAGUUUUGGCUUUCGAAUGCCCCAGUUUAGAAGCUGUUUUAUGUGCCUUAGAAGCUCGACAUGCUGCUGGUUGGUUUGCUCCUCACAUCGCAACAACAUUACAACUAAAAGCUGCUUUAGGUGGCAAAGAUGCACUUUUAACAGCUCUCCAACAAUCAAGGAAGGAAGUAUUUAAUUUAAUGACACAAUUGUCAAAAGAGUCUCAAAAGUGUGCAGAAAUGGAAACUAAAGUGCAUGAAUUGGAAAGUCAAAUGAAAACAAAAGCAGAAAGAAAAAGCGAUGAUUACAAUGCUAAUUUUGGUAUAUUCAAUUCAUACGUUUUUGAUAAUGAAAACAAAGAAGUCAAUUUACUAAAUAAAUCAGAAUUAGAAAAAGUAAGCUUAAACAGAAAUUCUUUAUAUGAAAAGGAAGUUAGAAAUGCUCUUGUAUAUUUUCGAAGUAAAUUUGAAAUGUUAUUUGAUAAAAUGACAGAGAUUGCAAUAAGCACAUCGGACGAAAAAAGCAAAUGGUUAAUUCAAGAAGAGAAUUACAAAGCCCAAAUUGAAAAUUUAAAAAUGUCACACAUUUCAAAUGGAGAUGAAGAUCACAGUGAUAUUUCGGCUGGUCUAAUCAGUAGCCCCAACAUUUCGUUUUUAGAAAGAAAAUGCACUUAUCUGGAAGAAAUGUAUAAGAAUAUUAGAACAUGUUACGAAAAUAUCAACAAUGAGAUUUUAGAAAAUAAAAAAGAGAAAUUGAAAUCUACUUUGUAUUUUGAAACGCAAAUACAAAACUUAGUGAUAAUAAUUGUUAACCUUAUCGAAAAAAUACGAUGCUCUAUGCCAGAGGAUUUAUUUUGGAAACAAAAUAAAAUAUUUAAUGAAAUAGUAACAAAAUAUCGGCAAGGACUGAACUACGAUUUAAUGAACGUAGAAUCAAAAAAAAUCAAACAAUUGGACAACGAUAAAAUAAAUGCUAAUGAUACGACUAUGAAGAUUUCACAAAAUCGUAAGUGUACUAAAGAAGACAAAAAUAGUGAUUCUAAAGUAGAAAAGAUAGCUCCACAAACCCUUCAGGAGAUACGCUCGGAGUUAGAUGCAAAAAACAAACUAAUAGAACAACUCGUUAAAAGGAAUACAGAAUUACAAGAGUUGCAAGCUAAUCUUAUUGACAACACCUUAGCAUCAGAAACGAAGGAUGAAAUAACUAGUUUAAAACAAAAUCUACACCAAUUAAAUGAUGAAAACAAACAGUUGAAAGAUAAAUUUCUUGAAAUCAAAACACAAUACGAUGUCGUUAUGUCUCAGUUCCAACAUGAUGAACGAAAACGUUUGAAUUAUGAAACAGAAAUAAACUUGUUAAGACAUCAAAUACUGGAUCUCCAGUCGACAGGAGACAACAAAGCUGUUAUUGCACGUUUAAGUAAUGAAAUCUUGGUAGCCCACCUACAAGCUAGUGAGAGACACCAAACAGUAGAAAGUCUUAAACAAUAUCUAAAUAGAGAAAAAGAAAUGAGAGAAAAUGCAGAAGAAGCAUUAUUAGCUCAACAAAAGAUAUUAGAAAUGUUUACAAUUAAGUAUGAAAACAAAUUCAGAUAUAUGCACGAAGUUCUACAAACGUUAAGACUAGAAUAUCAAGGAGGCUUACCUAUGACAUCUGCUGAAAAUUAUCUUAAAGGUUUAAAAGAACUUGCAGAUAAAACUAAAGAUGUUGAUGAAAAAUUUACUGAAAUCGAAGACUUACGUUUCAAUUUAAUGGCGAAACACAGUGUUUAUGAUCAAAUAUUAAAUUUAACAAGCGGAAAUUGUUCUGAAAAUAGUAAGAACUGCCAACAUAAAUUGCAAUUGAUAGUAUCGCAAGGUACUCAAGUUAGAGAGUUGGAACAUUGUAAUAAUAAAAUACAGGCUUUGGAAAAAACACGUAAAAAUUUAUUAGAACGAUGUAAUUCUCUUGAUAAAACUCUUGUUAUGGUAAGCCAGGGGUUAAGGGAUACAUUUAUUGAAGAAAAUAUCUUAAAAGAGAAAAAUAACAAUAAUACUAAAGAUAUAGUCGACAUUGAAUCUGAAGACUCGCAAUCUGAUUCCGAUAUUGGAUCCAGUACCAAAGAAAGUGGAACGUUUACUCUUCCAAAACCACGAACAACCCAGUUAACAUAUCAAAUUAAUUUCAAUUCUAAUGAAAAGAAAUCUGUAGCCACUUUAACGAAUUUCCCGGAGCGAAAAUUUGGAAACUCAGAACUCUCAAAUGUGGCUAUUCAAACGAACAUUGAUAACGCACAAAGAAUAAAUAAGUUAAUUCAAACAGAAAAAGAUGAUUCGUCAAGUGAAUUGAAACAACAUAUAGACAACCUUGAAAUAGCAAAUAAAGAUGCAAAGAAGAAACUAUCCGAUAGUUUAUCAAAAUUAGAGCAGCGCGAAAAAACAAUUACAAGAGCUAACGAAGAAAAUAAGUCUUUACACCUUAAAAUACAAAAUCUUGUAGAUACAAAUGCGAAACUAAUAUCACUAAAUGAGGACCUUCAAAAAUCUGCUGAAUUAUUAAAAAAAGAAAUUGAAGAUUUCAAAAAAUCACACAACGAACAGUGCAACAAAAUCAAGAAAAAAGCAAAGGAAGACACUCAAUCACUAUUAGAAAGUGUUGAACGUAUAGAAAAAGAAAAGAAUGGCAUUAUGACCGAAUACAAACAACUGUUAGAUAGAGAAAGAAAUGACAAUUGUGAAAAUGUUAAAACAUUAAAAUCAAAAUUAGUAGCUUUGCAGGCGGAAAUAGAUAGAAAAGCGAGUGUCGUGGGUGGGUGCAAUGACGAUAUUAUCAAACAGAACAUUGCGAAAUAUUCCUUAAAAAAUGCAGAACUAGAAAACAAGUGCUUCAAACUAGAGAAUAAUCUAGAAGACUAUAAAAGAGAAGUUGUCAGUUGCCAAAGUGAGCUUCAACGUUGGAAGAACUUAGCAGCAGAAAGACUUGAAAAAAUGCAACAAAUGGGUCUACAGUUAAAGGAACGCCAUAAUUAUGAGGUAGAAUCAUACAAAGCCGAAAACCAACAUUGGUUGAUGCAGUUAAAUGAAACUCAGCGCGAGCACAUAGAAUUGCGCACACAACUUUCAGAACAGAAAGCAUUACAUGUAAAACAAUUAGCAGAAAAAGAUGCUCAAAUAGAACAACUUCGAACAAUUGUACAUAACUUGAAAACUCAAAUAAUGAAUAUGCAAACAAUGUUAUCCGUACAAGAUCCAAGUUUCGAUCUUUCAGCUAUAGUAGAGGUUGAAGAAGCGAGCGACUUCUCACAACAAGGCUCUGAUAGACUGGAACUAAAGUUCGAUUCCACCGUCGAUUUCCACGACAUGCAAGAUGAUUUUACUAAAAUGUCAACGUCCACUAUGAUUUGGCAGGAGCCAAUAAUAGAGCGUUUGAGAAGAGAAAAACAACUGCUCGCGAAACAAAAUGGAGUGUUACGUCGCCAAAUCAAAGCGAUCGCAGCGAGGGAGAGAAGAUCUCGACUAGACGCUCAGAAUCUCAAGAAUCAAGUAUUUAGAAUAAGUACAUCGGGCAGCAAGGCGGUGUGCGCUGAAACAGCGGCGCUGCACAACAAGAUAGCGACACUGCAGGCGCAGUUGACUAGUGCUCGUCGAGACAACAAUUCCUCCGUCGCACUAUGGGACAAAUGGAAGAGAGCGCAACAAGCGGCGGAACGUUGGCAGGCACGAUACGAAGAGAAAUGUCAAGAAGUUAUCAAACUAGAAGGCGGAUUGAACAUGGCACGGUCUGCUGUUGCAAGACUGGAGAAAGAAAAACGAUUGCUCUUGUCGAGACUAUCUGAACCUAAAAAUGAGAAGCUGUCUGCGAGAGAAAAGCAAGACGGAGAAGCUUCUGAGAAGCGUCUCUCUCGAAGCGAGUACGAUCCGAGCGAGAUGCAGACCGUACCGGUGUCGACCCGCGCACUGCUCGAGCGAAUAGAGGCACAACAGAGACGAAUCGCAGCCCUAGAAGUUGCUGAAAAAGGAAACGAGCCCCUAGUUUCUGAAUAUGAAAAAUCUCUUGCGGAAAUAACAUCUCUGAAGGGUCAAGUGUUGAAACUUGAGUCUACGUUACUUGAAACACAAAUACGUUCGCCUUACAAACAGGAAGUUAAACCAGAACUCGAAUAUUGGAAGAGCUACUGCAACAUGCUGAAGGAAGAGAACAGUCAAUUGACACUACGCGUGAGUUCCCUGGAGAGUGCCCCCGCCACCGCGCACCAGCACCGUGUCAACGAUCUCGAGCAGACCGUGCUCACGCUCAGAGGUUUGGUAAGCAAGUUGCAAGCAGAACAAAAAUCUUCAGCAACGAACAUAAAGCGAGUCGAUUCUCGACCAACGAGCGGUCGCAGUACAUCGGACAAGACUCGAAAUCAGCUGGAGUCGUGUAAGACUGAAAUAGCAAACUUAAAGAGGACUAUACAAGAGAAAGACGCACUACUUGAACGCUCCAAAGACAUGCUGAGGAUCGCGGCCGAGAGAGAAGACGAGUUACUGAACGAGAAUACAUUUCUACGUCGGCAAUUAGAAGAAUUGACGGAUUACAAAAGAGAUUCGGUAUCGGACUAAUAUAAGCUUGAUUUAUGACGUCAUAAG